AUGCAAUGCGUCUCAAAGAUGCAUAACAACUUGCACAGCUUUUUCAACAAUCGAGAGGUUUAUUUUCUAGAAGUUACAAUUGAAUAGGAUUCGUAGGUGAACUCAAUCGUCACCGCGUUGUUUGUUUUUAUCGGGCUCUACAUCUCGAUAAUCACGGUUCUUGGACAAAGCUUCUGUUCGUACAACUUAGCUGAUUGAUUAUUUAUCUUGGUCCUCAGGGCAUCCAUUGCAAGAUGGUUCGUUGGUAUCUGACGACAAUGCGGCUAUAAAUGUCCGUACCAUUCUUGUCGUUUUCUUCAUUUUGACGAUGUCACUAGCGGCUGGUGGAGUCGCUCACAUAAUAAGGCUUCCGCCACUUCUCGGUAACUUUUAUGAGAUUCGUUUUUUGUUAUAAAAAACGAAACGAUAACUUCAUAUAGAAGAAGUCACAAAGAAAAUUGUUGGACAUAUUUUUUGAAAGAAUAAGGACAAUUACCAAAAGUGAUUGCGGUUACCUUGGGAAUGUUACAAACUUCACAGAAAAGUAGAUAAAUUUUUUGCGCUUUUAAAAUCCUUCCAUCAUUUCAAUGAUCAAAAGUUCCGGUCUAAAUUAUUUUCUUCCAGGAUCAUUAGUUCUUGGCAUUUUUCUGAGAAACGUUCCGAUUCUACAUCAAAUCUUUGUGAUUCCACCUUACUGGGACGCGAUUCUGAGAAAAAUCGCUUUUGUGAACGUUGUCGUCUGCUGGGCACUCUCUACUAACUUGAAAUUUCUCAACAGUAGAGCGGUAGGUUUAUUCGAGCUUCUUAUAACUUUGAAUGAUUUAGUCUUUGCCGCUCGCCUUGGGCAUCUUGACGCCGAUUGGAGAGGCGCUUGCCCUUGGAUUUGGAGCAUAUUUCAUUUUGGGACUCUCUGAGGUCAUGUCUGUUUUGUGCGGGUGAGUUUUUUAAUGAUUUGAUUCAUUUCACUUGACGUGGUUCUAGGUUGAUUCUAGCUGCAGUUUCGCCGGCUUCAACUGUCGUCACGAUCAAUCGACUGAAGAAUGAGUUUUAUCUCAAUAACGAAGUGCGCGUAAAUUUGAUUUUGUUUAUGAAAAACAGCAAAAAAAUGAGAAAAAAACAUUCAUCUACUUUUCACUGUCUCUUUGAAGAAACUUUUAAGAGUUGUUCUAUAUCUAAUGAACAUUUGAAAAAACCAUGUGCUUAUUCCGAGUUUUUUUAAGAAAGCCAUGCUCCCUAUUCCAUCUUUUGAACCAUCCUCGUGCAGCAAAAUUCAAUUUUACAAAGCUCUAAGUUCGAGUUUAUGAGUUUCUCAAAAUCCCUCAUUUUGUGGAUCAAUUUUUUAACUUUAUCUCUUUUUUUAUUUUUUUUAUCAAUUUGAAACCGUAAAGAUUAAUCAUAAGAGAGUUUCGGCGGUCAAAUAAUUAUGAAAUAAGAACCAAACACAUUAUAAAAAAAGUUUCAGAGAACUUUGGAGACGAUAACGGCAGCGACCAACUUUGACAGUUUUUCUCUGUGCAUCGGCUGUUCUUCUCAUUUCAUCCGUUUUAUUUUCAGAAAGUAUAACAUUUUUUCGAAAAAAGUAAAGAUAUGAUUGUUUCAGCUCCUUUGGUUUCGUCAAUGCUUCUCAACGCGGGUUCUUUAGUUUUUGGAGUCAUUGCUGGUGUUUUUCUGGGUACCUCAUUCGAUUUAUAACUUAAGAAAGAACAAAAAACAGGUUGGCUCUUUUGGAGGUUCCCUCGCUCCGACGCUCCGCAUAUGAGUCUGGCUAGAACUUUUCUCAUCGCAACAUAUUCCAUUGGAUUGGUCAUUGGUGAUUAUCUUUCUAUCAAUGAUGUCUCAUUGAAAAGUCUAGAUAAAGAGUGUUUUUUAAAACUUCUAACGAAUAAGUUCUUUUUUUUUUUUUGCCUGACUGUUCUCUCAUAAGGAAGGUCGCUUCUAAAAAUAAUUUUUUAACGGCUGGUUCCGAAGAGAUGUUUUUUCUGAAAUAUAAGGACAUCCUUUGUCAAUAUUUCCAGGAUUUCGAAAAGUGGAUACUCUGAGAUGUGUUUUCUUCAAGCCCUGGGAAAUUUCCCCAUGUUUUUGCUCUUGUUCCGAUAAAAUCAUAAUUUAAAAAACUAUCGAGUAUUUCCACUCAUUUUGAGUUUUUGAGAAAAACUGUGAACAUUUUUAAAUCUUUGAAACAACUUCUCAAAAUAAAAAAAAAUGCAUCCGCCCACGUCUCUACCUUUAUGAAGCGAAAAAGAUUAUAGGAUCGUACUUUUUGCUCUAUCCAUGUGCCGGUUUGGUUGGUGGCUUGUUGAUGGGCGCAAUGGCUUCUGCACGGUGGGGAAUGGACAAUGACAAUAAGGUUCCCCGAAAUCUCAGAAAUCUUUUCUAGAACUAGAAUAACUUUGAGUGUUUAGGGUGUGACAAUCGUCACGACUUUCAAGUACAUGUGGGAAAUUGUCUCGUCUCCACUGCUCUUUGCUCUUCUGGGAAGGAAAUUCGAUUGUUCUACGGUUGGUUUCUUCUCUGUAAAGAGAAAAAAAGUAUAAAAUAGGGAAGUUUUUUUGUUAUCUGCAAAAAUCAAACUUUUCAAAGACUUCUAGAAAAUUCGGCUUUUUCUCAAGAAAAAAAUUAAUUUUUUUGAAAAAAAUAAGUAGUUUUUUUCUAAUUUUUUUCAAAAAAAUAUCAAAGUUCUAGACAAGAAUCGGAAAAAAAAGAAAGGCGAAAUUCCAACUUUUGCUUUUUACUUGUGGGAUAAAAGAGCUUUUGAGAAACUUUUCCGACUACAUCUUAGUUUUACCUCUAAGAAUAAUAGUAUGGAGAUGCGUUUUACCACAUUUUUCGAGUUCUUUGAAAUUAUUUAGCAUGUUUAGCUCACAUGGGAGAGCGUUUUCUUAUGCCUCGGUCUCAUCGCAAUUGGAAUCAUUGUUCGCAUCGUUCUCGUCAUGCUGGUCACUGCCUGUUUCUCGACCAAGUUCAAGGAACAAGUGGUUAUUUGUUUGAGCAUGCUUCCACGGGCGGCUAUUCAAGUGAGUUCUAUCAAAAAAUUCAAUUUUCGAGUAUUUUUCUGAAAGUUAUUGCUUUUCUUCAAAAAUUUUUCAAACUUCUCAAAUCCUUAUUUAUAGGCGGAUCUCGGACCAACUCUAGUGGCUCUUGCUUUUGCUUUCCCUCAGUACAUUGGGGAUGCGAAUAUUGUGAGUUUUGAGUCAUUACUCUUUGAAAGGUCACGAAAAGUUUGCUAAUAACUGUUUUUGAAUUCGAAAUCGAAAUUUGAAAGUCGAAAAAGUUCUAAAAAAACCUUCGACUAGAAGAUCGUUUUAAUGAGACCGUGAGAAAAUGAUUACUUCAGAUUCUGCGAAGCUGCAUUCUGACUGCUUUGUUCACAGCUCCACUAUUUGAACUCCUUCUAUCAAUUGCAGCUCCACGUCUUCUAAAUCACAUGGGAUACGAAGACGAUGUGAGUACUCUGGAAGAUCAUCUCACAAGUUAUAAUUCAGGAAAACCAGGUUCCCGUGAAGCCAACGUCGGAAGAGAUCCAUUCAACUUACAACAACUCGUCGACCUUCGUUUCAAGAUUCAAGGCGAUUUCGAGGGACAGCGAGACCGUAGUUGAACGAUAUUGA